CCCCUUUAAGUUGAAUCUGAUGAAUCAAACUUUUCAGAUCAUCGUGCGUGUAUGCUCGACAUAGAGAUUUGUCACACCUCGACGUUUGCCCAAAGGACUGGGAACGCCUCUCGUCGUGUUCACCGGGUCCGCUCUUCACGUUCAGGCACAUCGACGGUGACGACCUCCGUUACGAGGAAGAGCCCUUACUUUAUGAGGAGCAGUGUCUUACAACCGUCAUCGAAUUCGAGUAAUUCAUCUACCACCUCCUCCACGCAGUGGACUCCGCCUCGAUCACCGUACAACCUGGUGCAAGAAAGCUUGUUCCAUGAUCCAUGGAAACAUCUCGUCGCUACCAUCUUCCUCAACAGAACCAAGGGCUCGAAAGCCAUCCCUGUUCUCUGGCGGUUCUUUGAAAAAUGGGACACAGCGGAGAAGACUCGAUCCGCUGACUGGCAGCUGAUCGCUGAUCUGAUUCAACCACUGGGCCUUCAUGAAAAACGCGCCAAGAUGCUCAUUCGAUUCUCUGAUGCAUAUUUGACUAAAAGUUGGACGUACCCCAUUGAGUUACCCGGCAUUGGAAAAUAUGGCAACGAUUCCUAUAGAAUCUUCUGCGUCAAUGAAUGGAAAGAGGUCAAACCCCAGGACCAUAUGCUUAACAAAUACCACGACUGGCUUUGGGAGAAUCAUGAAAGACUGGGAAUAUGAUUAAUGCCAUUAUAGUACCCGAUCAUAAUGUCGUUGAUGCAUGAUAUUUUCAUUAUUAACCUUUUUAUGCAUUACCUGUUAACUGAAAUAAUAUUACAAGCUUUUAUAAUGAUGCAUAUUGAAUUACACUGCGAAACCUUUAACCUCACUUAUGAUAUUUGCCCGUACAUUUUAUCCAUCUCUAAAUAAAUCUUGAUUGUGUAUCUACACAAUUCCGGUAAAAAUAUGAAGAUUCAAUUUACUAGAAUUCAAGGCCCCAUUUCAUUAAAGGUCAAGUGUACCUAAAAAAGUUGAUUUGAAUCAAUAGAGAAAAAUCAGACAAGGAUAAUGCUGAAAAUUUCAUCAAUAUUGGAUAUAAAAUAAGAAAGUUAUGACACUUUAAAGUUUUGCUUAUUUUUCACAAAAUAGUUACAUGAACAAUUUAGUCACAUGCAACUGACAGAAUCGAUGAUGUCCCUCACUCAUUAUUUCCUUUGUUUUUUAUUGUUCGAAUUAUACAUAAUUUCAUUUUUUACAGAUAUGACAAUAAGGACCAACUUGACUGAACCAUAAAAUGUUAAACAAUGGUAAUUCCACAUGUUCAGGGAGAAAUGAAACUUUGUUUCACAGGACAAUGGGGAGAAAAUUAGCAUAUUUCAUAAUAAUACAAUACAAAAGAAAUAGUGACCGGGAUGUGCAUAUAACUGUUUUGUGAAAUUAAGCGAAAUUUUAAAAUGUCAUAACUUUCUUAUUUUCCAACCGAUUUUGAUGAAAUAUACAAAGUUUUGCCUCUCAAUCCAACUUUUUGUUGGGGUGGACUUGUCCUUGAAGUAAUUAAUGCAAUUUCUAAUUGGCCGAUGCUAUUAUAUUUUUUAAUAUAAACAUGUUCGUAUCUGUACUUCAAGACAUUUAUUCCUCCUUUGAAUCAUUUCUAAAAAUAAAACUAAAUUGUGGAUGGAAUAAUCGAAGCUGAAAAGUAUGGAGGUAUAAUCGUCAAAUCGUUGAAUGCGAUUCUACAAAAUGUUUUGAUUUUUAGUCUGUCUGCUUGUAGAUAGGCGUAGAUUUCGUUUGUCUUUCAGAGUGCAGGCUGUAAGAAUUCGAAAUCAGGACACAAUUACAAACUCUUUAAAAUAAUGAAUAAAGUUUAUUCACAUCGUACUUUUACGAAACUCAUAUACAUAGAUCAAAAUAUACUAUUUUAAAUGUAUCGUGCAUGCAAUAUUAUAUAUAUAUAUAUAUGUACAUGUAUAUCUGUAUACAUGGUGUAAUUCGGUAUCAAUAAUCGUAUCAUACCAUUCAGGCACGGAUCCAGGGGGGCACAGGGGGCACGUGCCCCCCCCCUUGAGAUUAAAAAUUUGUAAUGUAAAAAUGAAUUGAAGACCUUUUUUUUUUUUUUUUUGCUUGUCAAAUUUUUUUCCUUCCAAAAAUUUGCCCCCCUUUUGGAAAAUCCUGGAUCCGCCCCUGAUACCAUUACGUAGAAAUUAUUUCUACUUGAUAAAAUAACGCAGAAUUUCAAUUUGUGAAGAGGUUGAAUACACUGUAACGUAUAAUCUUCAUUCAUGUUAAUAUCCAUAUUGUGUUUCAUUGCGUAGAUUUCACUGAUGGCUUAAGUCUAAAUUUAGACUUAUAUGAAAUACAUUUACUUCAUGAAUACUUUUUUUUUACUUCAUUCCCAAUGAAUUGCAGAAAAAAUGUACAGUUUGAGAUACAUUUAUAUCAAAUAUUUGUAGAUCAUGUCAUUUUAACGUGUAUAGAUGGUCAAUAAUAAAGUAUUUUUGUAGAUCAUAAUUAUUAUAGAAAAUCUGUGCUUUUUUGCGUAGUUGGUAAAAAAUAUUUACUGAAAUACUCACACCAGUCCUGUAUCUAUAUGAUUCUGAGGUCAACCUGCAAACUUUUUAUCAGAGAAAAUAUUUCCUCUAAUAGUAUGAUAUUACCAACUCGGUUUUCAUAUAGCUUUAGAACAAAGUUGGAACUGACCUCGAAAUUAAUGGACCGAAAAGUGACCACAUUUUCAAAAUGUUAGGCUGUCCUCCAUGCGAGCACUUGAUUUGAACUCGUUAGAUUUUUUAAAAAUAUUUCUUAAAUAAAUGGUCAUUCCUUGGAUGCUAAUCAGUUUUUCUAACAUUAAGUAUAAGCAUAAUCCCAAGUGGCAAGAUAUGAGCAAGGAAAAAUGGUCAAAAGUACUUCAGAAAUAAAUUAUAUAUAAUGUGACGAAUAAGAGAAAGUAUACGCUCUGAUCGGGACUAUUCAAAGUAACGAAAAGUAGUUUAAGAACUACUGGAAUGUGGAAGGUCAAAUGUUAUUCUAUUUCGUUAGAAUCAAUGUCAUUCUAUAUUUUCAAACAUCAUUAAAUUUAGGCCUAAAAAUGUAUUUAUAACAAAAUAUUUCAUUAAAAGCGUCAUGUUAAUUUUAUCAUUUGGCCUAUCAUGUUUCAAGCUGUUCUUAUACCCAAAAGGAGCAAGUUCCAUUAGGCAUUCAUGCAUGGAAUGUUUUUCUGCUUAUAUUCACGAACAUAUGAAUAUCGACAUGAAUUAUUCGUAAACUUUUGGAAAGAACGAGGCCAUCAUUGUUGUAGGUGUCCUUAAUCACCCAACGUCUGCAGUCCUCUCCGAAACGGAAGCAGCGUUUGAGAGAAUACCCUUCAAGGCUGCCGACCUCGGACCUGAAAUCGACGGGGUUUCCUUCAAACCAUAUUGCUUGCCGGCCUUUGCGAGUCCUUUAUCUUCUUGUAUGGCCGACAAUUUGUCCACCUUACCCAGGUUACUCUUGAACCUCACCAUCCUAUGCGUGAUAUAAAAGUAAUUUACUUUCAUUAACACAAAUACACAUAUCAUUGAUAUAGCACAUAAAAAGAAUGGGACCUAAUAUGCUCCCCUGUGGAACUCCACACUUUAUAGGCAUAGAAUAUGAAAGUACAUUUUGCAUGGAUACCACUUGACGGCGAUUGGUCAAGUAAGACCUAAACCAAUUCAAGCAUGCUGAAUUCAAACCCAUCACUUCUAAUUUCUUUAAGAGUAUUUCAUGAUUAACCGUAUCGAAUGCUUUUUGUAAGUCAAGAAGAACCAUGCCAACAUAACGGCCUUCGGAAAUUUCAUUCCUAACAAAAUCCAACAAGUGAAUUAAACAUGUUUCAGUAGAAUAACCAUUCCUAAAACCAGACUGAAAUUCAUAAAUGAUUUUGUAUUCUUUAAAGUAUUUCUCAAUUUGAGAAUACACGCAUUUCUCCAAAAUUUUCGACACUGUGCUUAACACACUAAUAGGUCUAUAAUUGCCAACGUGAGUUUUGUCUUUUUUUUGUGUGUAGUGGUGUGACUUUAGCGAUUUUCAUUUCAUCAGGGAAGGUACAAGUUGAAAUAGAUAGGUUAAUAAUGUAAGUUAAAGGUAUAAAGACGUUUUUUGCACCAUCCUUUAAAAAUCUAGCAGAACGUAUUGUUCACAAUGAUUACAAUGAAAUGGUCAAUAAAACAUUUCAAGAAAAAACAGCUCAGUGGAAGGAGCAUAUACACGAUUUAUGGUUAUUUUUUAUACAUCAAAUACAUGUACCAUACUAGUAAAGAAAAAUUAUGACGAUGAUAAUCAUCAUCACUAUCAACAUCAUUAUUCACAACAACAGCAAUAUAUAUCGUCAUCAUGGUGAUGAAAUAGUAACAGCAAAAUCGAAAGAAUAGCUUUGGUUCGGCGGUAUUGAAAUUAUCUUUGAUUGUCCCGAAUUCACCAUCUUUAGGUCACAAUAAAUGGCAACCAAUAUCACACUCGAAUGCGGGUGGGUGGGAGGUGCGCCACUGAAGGGGCGAUUAGUGGUAGUUUCUGAAUAAGUUUGAAAAUAAUCUAAAGAGGAAAAAAGAUUGAAAGAAGGAAGAGUCUAUUGCAACGCGGAAAAAAAUGGCUGGGUCAUAGAAUUAUUUAUUUCCCUUAUUCAUUAAAAAAAUAACGUCAUCUUUCUUUCUUCUUAUACCGCCCCCAUCAAAAUAAGCUGCUGCCGCCCCCUUUCAAAUGACAUUAAUGGACAUUUUAUUAUAAGGAACAUAACUAAUAUUUCCCAAAAUGAACAGGAAGUGCCUCUGUGAUUUAAUUUUUCGGGGGGGGGGUGGGUGCAAAUAUUGCGAUAAUUCAGUUUGAACCAAUCCUUUAUCCAAUAAUUAUCGAACAUAGUUAAGAAAAAUAUGAAUAGAUGAAUAAAUAAAUAAAGAAAUUAAUCAACAUAUGAACAUUUUCGAAGUCCAUAAUUUUAUUUCUUCAUUGCUUACUACAGGAAUUUAUAUAUUUAUCACCGUAUAUAUUAUAGUACACUACAGGAGUAAUAAC